AUGACGAGAAUUCUAUUUGAUUCCAGUCUUCCUGAAAUCGUGGAGUUCAAAAAUAAGUUGUCGUCUGAUCCAAUAGAGAGCAGUAUGAGGUUGACUCAGUUGUCUAGCAAAUCGUCGUAUUCUUUUGAAAAUGUUUUUCUGAAAGACACAGAGAGAAAGUCUAUUAGUGACAUCAAUAAUUGCAGUGAGAUUACUACUUGCAUUACUUAUGGAACAAUAAAAUCAAUUGAGUCGAAGUACAACUGGUGGUACAAGUCCCGCAAGAAAUGCACGUAUUCUGUAUGCGAGGAUUUUGAAAAAUGGUUUAAUGUUCAAGUCAGGGUAGUAGAUAACAUUGAUGUUGCCUCUUUCAUACUGUUUGAUAAAGACUGUGUAGCUUUAUUAGGAAUGGGUGCUGCUGAAAUACGGGCACAACAUUUCAAGCGGGGUGCUGAUUUGGAGCUUUAUCCAGAAGAACUUAACAUUCUCAAUGAGAAAUUCAUGUUGUUUAAGGUCAAUGUGAAAAAAAAGCAUUUAGACUCAUUGAACGAGCCAAAAUAUCAAGUUUCAAGGGUUUGCAACAGCGAAUCUAUUAUCCAAUCAUUUCUUAAGUCUGUGAUGGAGUUUAACGAUGAUGAGACUCAAACCUGUGAGAGUACAGGAGAUGCAGAUGUGUCUCUGUCUCUGUUGUCACCCUCUCCGAAUUUUAAUAAUAGUGUUGAAGACAAGUGUAAUUCUUCUAUUGUCCGUCCUUUGAAAAAGAUUAAACUGGAGAAAGAGUUAAGUGUUUGCCCGUAA